AUGGGAGACGAUGAUUUGGCAGAAAUCCGAGCAAAAAGAAUGGCAGAGCUGCAGGCUAUGAGUGGAGGAGGAGGAGGUGGGGCACAGGACCGACAGAAGCAGCAAGAGGAUCGUAUGAAGCAGAUGGAGGAGAUGAAGAAUGGAAUUCUAUCCCAGGUUCUAGAUCAACAAGCCAGAGCUCGUUUGAACACGUUAAUGAUUGCCAAGCCUGAGAAAGGACGGCAGGUAGAAGGAAUGCUCUGCCAGAUGGCGCAGACCGGUCAACUUGGAGGAAAACUUGGAGAGAGUGAUCUUAAGGAUUUGUUGGAGAGGUUUAACAGUGAUAAACCUGCUUCUAAAGUUAAGUUUGAUAGAAGACGUGCAGCCCUUGACAGUGAUGAGGAUUAAUCAGUUUAAAUAACAAUUGAUCAACAAAUUAAUAUCUUUUACAAAUAUUUUGGAAAAGUGGAAAGUAACCAAAAUAUCUUAAUUAUUUUUAACAUUAUCACUGCCUUGUUUUGAUCUGUGAUGUAUUGAUGACAAGCAAAAUAUUCUUGAUAAUGGUAAAAAAUCACGCAAAAUCAUUGAAUAGCAGUUAACAAUAUUUUUACAAGUUCGUCGGUGCCCUAACAUCGUUAUGAUGUGUCUCAAGCUUAUUAAUCAAUUUUUAUCGACAUAAGAGCUAAAACCCGUUCUUCCUUUAAGGCGUCCGUUUUGCGCACUUGAUGAUUUUUUCGCGAUCUUUAGAAUUGAGCCAUUUUUCAGA